UAGGCCUGGAAAAGCCGGACCGGAGGGACGACGUCGUGGUGGGUGAAACCGUGAAAGAAAGAAAGGUGCCUCCUCCGCCUGAUUCCCAGCUUACGCUCGCUCGCUCUGAUGCUGAUGAUGUAGUGACAGAGAGACGGACAGAAGGACCCGCGCAUAUAUAUAUAUAUAUAUAUAUAUAUAGACCGAGAGAAGAAGAAAGAAAUAAAUUAAAAAGCACACGGCUACUUGUACAGCGCGGCGAAGAAGAAGAAGGAAGGCAUGAAAUCAGGAAUGGAGAAGGGUGGUGGCGCGAGGUGGAGGUGGGCGGCGGAAGGGCAAUACAGCGCGGCGAAGACGUCGGUUUGGUGGGACAUAGAGAACUGCCAGGUACCCAGAGGGUGCGAAGCCCACGUAAUCGCCCAGAACAUAAGCUCCGCACUGGUCAAGCUCGACUAUUGUGGGCCCGUUUCCAUCUCCGCCUACGGCGACACCAACCGCAUCCCCUCUUCUGUUCAGCAGGCUCUCUCUAGCACCGGCAUCGCACUCAAUCACGUCCCCGCCGGGGCAAAGGACGCCAGUGACAAGAAAAUUCUUGUUGAUAUGCUGUUCUGGGCUGUUGACAAUCCUGCUCCUGCAAAUUAUCUGCUUAUUUCUGGUGACCGCGAUUUCUCCAAUGCUCUCCAUCAAUUGCGCAUGCGCAGGUACAACAUUCUUCUUGCACAACCUCUACAAGCUUCCGCUGCUCUUGCUGCCGCCGCCAAGAGCGUCUGGCGUUGGACAACCCUUGUUUCUGGAGGUUCUCCUCUUACGCCCGCGGAACUCGGCAACAUGUCACGCCAUGAUUCCUCGCCUGCUUCACUCUCUGACUCGACCAUCCCUGAUGCUCGACUAUCUACCAAGUUUGUUAUUAAAGACCCCCCGAGUCAACUAUAUAUCGCUAGAGCAUCAAGUAUGCCGUCACGGAUGCACGAGAACUCCGGCACCGAUUAUUCUCAGCAACUAGAAAGCCAUCCAGAAAUCCAGUUUAAGAAAGCUCCUCAUGAAUUCUUUGGUUUCAGCUCGGUCUCGCCAUCUUCAAAUAAUCUUUUCCAGCCUAACUGUCCCGGUGGUGCUUUUCUCCCUUGUCCUCCAGGGCUUGAUGGAAUUAGGAACACUGCUGCCUCAUUCCCAAACCCAACCGAUAUCGCCAAGCUUAAUUUACUAGAUUGUCCGAAAAAUGCUGCUAAUUCCAACCAGCCCAAUUCCGUGAAAUGUUCAGGUCUAGCUAGCUCAUAUGGAGCACAUAGUUCUUCUGGCGUUGCUUUGCAUGCUGGCCGCCAACUUAUUAUUAUAAUUCGGCAGAUAACAAGUAUAAUCAGAAUCCUGCUUUGCCCUGUCCAAUCUCGCCCUCGGUAACACUUACACCGCGAGCUGCUCCAAGUAAUGGUAGUGUUUGGGGGAGUGAAGGAUGCCAGCCGCCGCCUGACUAUGCUCGGGCCUUGUAGGAGUUAUCUUACUCGCCUUGAAUACACUUAAAGUGGAAAAAAUUAUCCCUAGCGAAGCAAACAUAACCAGUUGCAUACGCUAUGGCAAUCCGAAAUUUCGCAACAUUGAUGUAAGAAAGGCCUUGGAUUUUGCGCUUGAGCAACAGAUGAUUGUAAAGCAAAAUCUAGGGGACGUGCAGC